UACCGUUCAUUUUUUUUUUUUUUUCGACUGAAAGGAUGUUUUCCUGCAAGAAUAAACGAGAUGCUCAUUACUGGCAGCAACAGGCAGCCAUCCUGCCAGAACUCGUGCCGCAGGAUCAACGUCAGCAGGAACUGAAGCAGCUUCAGCACCGCGCCUCAAGUCUUUGGUCGCCUCAGCUCGGAAAACAGGACGAGAAGGAUGUGAUCGAGUACCUUGACUUCGCAUUUACUCGGUAUCAGAUCGAGGAGGAGCAGGCGCUGUUUAUCCUACGCAGCCAGGGCUUCGAUUUGGCGAUGGCCCGCCGACGUCUGGAGCGGAACCAGACAGCCCGAGGCUGCCACUACCAUCGCUGGAAGGCUCUGGAUCUGGUGGCACUCUCAAGGGCAUUCAGAGAACAUGGCACUGACUAUAAAAAGGUGCAAAAACAAGUGCCCCACUUUCCCAUUGCCGAUGUGCGGCGAUACUUCAACUUUAUGUACUCCGUCUAAACUAGGACGGUCAUCAUUCGGGUGAGCGGUACUAAGCAGGGAUUUACUCUAAGUUGAAUGUUAUUUCGAAUAUCAGGUAACCAUUAUGUUAUUCAAGAUCUUAAGAUCUCCGUUGACCAGUUC